CAUACUCGUUUAUAUCGUGUUUAUCUGCCGAUUGUUUUUGUGAUAAGAACUACAUGGAAACUACAUAAUUCAACUGUGUUGCACUGAAAAGUAUACAUCUUUAGUUCUAUGACAAUAUUCUUGUGAAACCAAAACGCGCAACUCUUACAGCAACUGUGAAAUAUUCGCCGUUCUUUUGAGUCGUAUCGUCUUGCCUGCAAAUUUUGCCGCGAAAUGUCUUCUCCGGUUGAGAUUUCCGACGAUGACGAGAGUUUUGAAGCUCCAGUACCUUCCAAGAGGAUAACUAGGUCAGCUGCUGCGAGGAACAAGGCAGUCGUUGAAACAUCGUGCGAAAUCGACUCUGAUAACACUGUAGAUUACAGUGACACAAACUUGACCUCAGACGAUGAUUCAGAGCUUCCCGAAGUCACAUUAGCAUCUAAAAAGACUGCUGUGAUCAAAAACCUCUUUCCUAAAAGUGCUAAAUCAGGAAUGGCCUCCACCUCAAACUCAAAUAUUCCAAUGUAUUUCAAACCCAAAGUGCCUGGAUUUGAGAAGAUCAUUGGGGGCGUCAAAGUUAAUUUACCGGUGGAGCCCUACGGCUGUCAAAUAGCCCUGAUGUUCAAGGUGAUAACGGCAAUCAACAAAGGACAGAACUGCUUGUUGGAGAGCCCUACGGGCUCGGGGAAGACGCUGGCCCUGCUUUGCGCUGCCUUGGCCUGGCAGCAGCAUGUCAGAAAUCGCACCGCCACAGACCUCGCGCAGAAGUUUCAGGAGUCACAUCCCCAGUUGCGAGGAAAAGAGAACGUGGUCGAGCAAAUCGCGUCGCCGAGAAAAAACCAUGACUUCAGUUUCAACAAACCAAACUUCGGUGAGAGGAGCAUUUACGACAAGCCGAGCGACGGGGACGCCUCCAGCUCUGGCGUCAAACGGAUGGAACCACUUUCCCCCGACGCAUUUGAAGAAUCAUCGAACAAUGGUAUGGUAACCAUCCACAAGAAGCGGAAACUGAACACCUCCAUGGAUACUGACUCCGCGUCACCUGAUCCACCUUCUACUCCUGAGAAGACCAUCAAGCCACCUGAACCCGAGACUCCCGAAGAUGUCCGACGGCUGUACAACCUCAUCACGUCCCUUCAAAUCCGGACCUCCAUGCUUGUUGAUUCCAGCAUACCAACCAUCUACUACGGCGCGCGGACGCACAAACAACUGCAGCAGGUGGUCAAGGAGUUCAAGAGGACCUUCUACUGCGGGGAGGCCAAGAUGACGAUCUUGGCGAGCCGGGAGUAUGCGUGUAUCAGGGAGUUUGACAAGCAGCUGUGGAAGACCAAGAAUGACAUGUGCAGAGGAUGUACUAAGACUCACUCCGCCCCACCAGACGCGCCAACCCAGACAGCCACCAACUGCAAACCCUACGACAACUACAAGGCGCUCCACCACGAUUCCCUCCCGGCCGCCUUCGACCUUGAGGAAUUGGUCGCUGUUGGGGAGUCCCUGGUAGCCUGUCCGUACUACGCGGCAAGGAGUAUGGCCGCCGCGGCGCAUAUAGUCUUCUGUCCGUACAACUAUCUCAUAGAGCCUGGCAUUAGGAGCAACAUGCAAAUAGACGUACGAGACCAGAUAAUAAUAAUCGACGAGGCUCACAACAUUGAGGAUAUCUGCCGAGAUGCAGCCACGCAGACAGUCACGAGGGACGAAAUACUACUCGCUAUCAAGGAGCUGGAACAUGUAGCAGAGUACCGUUACGCGAACCAAGACAUAUUAAGCUACAUAGAUAUCUUACUUAAAACUCUCAAGUUCUGGGAUGAUUGGUUCGCCAACCAGCUUCCCUUGCUAACCAACAAGCCUAUAACCAACAACGAGGCAGUCCACACUUGGCAGGUCCAGCAUUUCGUCCAGACGCUCAACAACCACAACAUCGGCUUGGAACAUUUUAACGAAUUCAGCGAAAGCGCCGACAUUUUCUGCCGGCGGCUACGCGAGGAUCCGCGGACGCUGUACGGAGUCUCGCAAGCGACGGGCGCGCUUAUCGAGACCUUACAAAUGGUGCUAGGGUUCCUGUUCCGUCAGGACGCCAAGUAUUUGGACGACUUCGUGCCGGCGCUGGUUAAGACAGGAGGGGACGAAACACGCUACUCGCAGUUCUCUCAAUAUAGUCAGGCAAAGGAAACUCUAGAACUUCGUCUCCUCUGUAUGAACCCAGCAGUAGUGUUUGAGGGUCUAAAAGAGGCCAAGUGUAUCAUACUGGCCUCAGGAACCCUCACGCCCCUAAUAAGUCUACAUUCUGAACUGGCUACAGAGUUCCCUCUGCAAGUCAGUCCUAACCACGUCAUACCUCCAGACAGGGUGUGGAUUGGCUCUCUAUCAACCUGCCCUAACGGUCGCCGCUUAGAGUGUAACAGCCGCGGCACCGACCAGCCAGAUAUACAGGACGGCCUUGGACAAGCAAUUCUCUGGGUCUCACAAGUCACACCUAGCGGGGUCCUUUGUUUCCUACCGUCGUACGCGCUUAUAAACAAACUUGUGAAGAGAUGGCGAGAGACUGGGUUGUGGAUGCAACUGAGUCAAACGAAACGGGUCUUCGUGGAGUCAAGGAAUGUUAGAGAUCACAACGAUAUCAUGGAGGACUACUACAGAUACUCGGCAAGUUCGGAGGGCGCGCUACUGUUCGCCGUGUACCGCGGCAAGGUCUCCGAGGGCAUGGACUUCAAGGACCACCAGGCACGAGCCGUCGUCACGAUUGGUGUUCCGUAUCCGAACACUUUCGACAUGGCCGUGAAGGAGAAGAUGAAAUACAACGACAAGUACGCCGCGCAGAGAAACCUGCUGUCCAGCCGAGAGUGGCUUCGAGUACAAGCUUACAGGGCGCUGAACCAGGCGGUGGGGCGCUGCGUGCGCCACCGCGGCGACUGGGGCGCCGUGCUGCUGGUGGACGCCAGGUUCGAGAACCACUACUACACGGACCACCUCUCCAAGUGGGUCAAGGGAUUUCUGGGCAACAAUCACCACACGUACGAGAGCUUAGUCAACAGCGACUACAGUCUGGAGAGCUUCAUGCAAACCAUGACUAUGGCGGAUCAGGAAGAACAUUAAACACAUCCAGCAGCGUAGCACACUAGUUAGAUAAACUUAGCAUCAGUGCGUCCCUGUGGCACUUACAUAUAGUGCGAAAAGGACAGUCUGACGAUAUAUCGUUCAUCACGCGACCGUGCUUGCCUGCCUGGGCUAAGAUGGACGGCUAUUUGGGCGUUUUCCAAAUUAAAUCCCGAAUAUCGAAUUUCACCAGAUCUGGACGUGUUUGGCAUUAUUCUCAGAAUCACAAGCUGAUUCGAUCCCGACUAUAAAAAAGUGUG